UUAAAGCCGUUUUCGUCUGAGGCCAAGAAGCAUUCCCAAUCUCUGGAGGAUUGGAGAAGAAUUCUCAUCAAGGAUGAAGCCCAAAAAGUACGGUCACCCGCGCUGUGCGUUGCCGGUGCUGUUCACUUUGAUGUUACUCCAUAGUCAUGGAGAAGCGAUGCGAAACGUCGAUAUAGUCGGGGCGGCGAACCAGUGCAACUCAAUCACGAGUCAAACGGACCCUGGGGUCAGGAGGGAGAUAAACAAAAUAUGCAAGGAAGUGUUCCAUGAACUAGAUCGACUCUUACUAAACACCGGCUGCCCGGAAUGGUCUGACCCCAAGUGCCGUCGCUUAUACCGCAGUGACUCCGUCUACCAAUGCACCGUCAAGGUGCCAAACCCGUGCGGUGUCGUCCCGCAAAAACCACAGACCAUUUUCGACUGUGCGCCGGCCCUCCAACCAGCGGACCCGACCAGCGGUGACGAACCCCAGCCCGGAUCGACCUCACCGAGAGGGGCCGAUAGGGGCAAAGCGCCUGUCCAAGGAAGAGGCAAGAGUCGCAGAAUUGAUAGUGGAAGCGCAGCAAAUCCAUUUUAUACGGGGGGCUCUUCACAGACUGCAGGGUUUUCAUACGCGGGAGGCUCUCCAUACGCUGGAGGUUCUCCAUACGUUGGAGGUUCUUCAUUCGCUGAAGACUCACCAUACGCUGGAGGUGGAGGCUCUUCAUACCCUGGAGGUUCUUCAUACCCUGGAGGUUCUUCAUACCCUGGAGGUUCCUCAUACCCUGGAGGUUCUUCAUACCCUGGAGGUUCUUCAUACCCUGGAGGUUCUUCAUACCCUGGAGGUUCUUCACCUGCAGGUUCUACAUACCCUGGAGGUUCUACAUACCCUGGAGGUUCUUCAUACCCUGGAGGUUCUGCACCUGCGAGGUAUUCCUUUCCCGAAUAUCCUCCAUACACCACAUACUCGGAUCCUACUGAAAACCCCAAUUUCAAUAUGGACGAUUUCUUCAGGACCGAUCCCUCACUGGAUUCAAUUUUUGGAACUUCAACACCUGCAACUCGUCCUCCCAUUCCACCCCCUGGACACAUUACAGAUGAAUCAUUCGAUGCAAGGGAAAUGUCAGAUCCUUCGUUUGGUCAAAAUGCACCUUAUGACUUUCCGCAACUUCCGGCAAGUCCAGUAUUUCCUUCGAGUCCCAUAGAUCCUUCGUAUGGUCAGAAUCCACCUUGGCCACAAAUUACUCCAUAUUCUGGAUACAAUCAGGGUGAAGAAGGAUCCGUUGAACCCAUUUCUCCGCCGAGAAGUCCAUCCGGAUAUAGACGAAGUACGUCCGGAGGUGAAGGUGGAGCGGACUGGAAGUGCCCCGAAUGCGGAAGGCGCUACGAUAACGAAGAUACAAUAAACGCGCAUAAAUAUAAUCAUUACGCAGUUGGCAAAGGCUAUACCACGUGCAGGAGAUGCUAUGAGGUCUGUGACUCCAUAAAGCAAUUUAACCGUCAUAUAGAAGCACACUACCGCAAAGAUGAAGACGAAGAUGUUGUCUUCUCAUCACUGUUAAAAACCAUGUGGGGCAGUGGCGGCUCGCGGAGCGAGUCACAAGUUCAUCGCGAAGCGAAGAACUGGGGUCCAGCGGCACUCCCUGGCUAG